CUUUUUAGAGUUCCACAAAUUUUUUUCUAAAAAGAUCCGAUCCUUUCUCUUCCGCUACCUUCCUUCUCACGUGGUAAUUCCAUUACCUCCAUCACUGUUUCUUUGUCCACCUAGCCGCAAGAUUCUUUCUCAGUGGCAAAUUUAUUUCUUCUUUAAUUUACAAUGGCCAAAGAUGAUGAAAAUCCAACCCCACCACCUCCCCCAUUUAAUGACUAUCACCCUGCUAAUUCAAUUAGCAACAUCAAGAAUGACGUUCCCGAAAUUCUUAACCGUGACAAAGGGAACUACAAUAGUUGGGUUGAACUUUUUGAGAUUCAUUGUCACUCCUGCAAUGUUAUCGACCAUAUUGAUCCUAAAUCCCCUCGUCCUACGGACCUCACAACGGCGCAGUGGAACCUCCUUGACUCGAUUAUGAAAAAGUGGAUUUACAAUACGAUUUCUGCAGAUUUACGAAGCACGGUGUUGUACAAGCAUGCUACGGCACAGGAAACCUGGGAUAAACUUGCUAAUAUUUUUCAAGAUAAUGGUGAAAUUCGCUCAAUUUAUCUUGAAAACCAAUUUAACAAUCUUUUUGUUGAAAAUUUUCCAGAUGUGUCUUCUUACUGUCAGAAAUUGAAAGAACUCAAAGAUCAACUAGCUAAUGUUGGUCAGCCCGUGUUCGAGAGAACUCUUGUUUUACACCUUUGUGCAGGUUUAAUUGACUCAGUCUACGAUGAAGUGGCUCAAUCCAUCACCCAAAUUCGACCUCUCCCCGGAUUUGAUGAAGCAAGAUCACGUAUCUUGUUAGAGGAGUCUCGAAAAUCCGCAAAGGAGAACUCCGGGCAGGCUUUUGUUACCCAAACAAGCAACACCACCACCACCUCCGCGGCAGCCGCCCAGCAGCAGCAACCGCCGCAACAGCAAGCCAGGGGUGGUGGUGGCAGUGGACGUGGCAGUAACUGUAGAAGACGGGGUGGCGUACCCAAGGGAAAAGGUAGGGGUCGUGUCCAGAACUAGCAGCACCAAUCGGCCCAAGCCCAGACCACCCCACCCAACACAUCAGGCCCAACGCAGCAACAGUUAUGGGCGAGCUUCCAGCAAUGGGCUCAGCAGGCAACUUGGGCCAGGCCGCCAGCAUCGUUUCCUGUCCAGCAGCACCAUUAGUCCAUUCUUGGACAGCCCAGACCCCAGCAGGCCUAUACGGCCCAAUAUGGGCAACCCAUGACUCCCACAGACUUGACUUCCUCAUUCUCCAUAAUGACACUUCCAAAUCCCGAUAAUCAGUGGUACGUGGAUUCGGGUGCAACAUCUCACAUGACGAACAAUGCUGGACCUUCGUACGAGGAGACUAAUAACGAGAUGUGAUAGUUCGGGAGAUUUAUAUCCAGUCAGAACCACCAAGUCCACUCCCUGAACCUGUCUUGCUACUACCCUCACUGCUGUUUCCCCUUCUACUUGGCAUAGUCGUCUAGGACAUCCUAGAGCUCAAGUUUUUAGCUUUCUUAAAUCUAAAAAUCAUUUUUAUUGUAAUAAGGAGCAUGACUCCCAAUUUUGCAAUUCAUGUCAAUUAGGAAAACAUACUCGCCUUCCCUUUGAUAAUUCUAAUAAUACUACAAUU